AUGUCACAAGAGUAUUAUCCCUACAUGCCAUCUUCUAAUGCUCUUCGUUCAAUAAUUAAACGUGUCAAAAGAGCAGAAAUACCUGCACAAACUAUUAAAGAAGUUAAUAUUCCAGAUUCACUUCGUUUAACAUUAAAUGGUGAUACUUUCUUAAUAAGAGACUGUGUAAUUGCCAUUAAAACUACUGUUAUCAACCUUAUUUUAGAAGCUUAA